AUGCCACAUGCACCAGCUCUGGCCUCAGCUGCAGUAAAAAAUAGCGCACAGAAAGCCACUGCCGGACGUGUAGUCUUGCCAUUAGAUGACAGCAGCGCACAUGGUGGCGGAGGAUCAGCCACUCCCGGUGCCAGCCAGGCGCCCCCACUCCUCCUCGCUCUUCCUGAAUGGACGGACACGCUACCUACGGUCCACGCCUCCCUUUCUCUUCUCCUGCUCAACCUCAUCAUCAAGAACUCUCUGCAGCCUCUCGACAAUAUCAUGGGCAUGCAGAUGAAGAUAGUGAAAUUACAGUCCUCCCACGAAGAAAUGCGACAGUCAAGUGGUAAGCUGCACAUUUCCGAGAGUCUGGAGGCUCGCCUGAAUGCCCUGGAGGAGUCUUAUGCACUGGCGCAGAAACAGGUGGGCAUGGCCAUGGCUACAGCUGAGCAGCUCAAGACGUCUGACCUCCCUGCUCAGGUGCUGUCGCUCCACACUGAGAUGAAAGCCCGCCUGGCAGAGAUGCAGCAAGCCACAGUGUCUCUGGAGCAGCUGAGCCAGUUACAGACCAUGCUGAAGGAGAAGAAUGAGGAGUUUGAGGAUGUCAGGCUUCAGGUGGAGAGCCUUGCGAUCUUGAGUGCGGAACUGUCCCAGCAGGUUGAGGGCCUGACAGGUAGCCUGGGAGAAGCAGAAUCGAGGCUAGAGGAGAGAGUCGGGCAGGUUGCCACUCUGAGUGCCACCCUGGAGGGACAAGCCGCUGAGGUGCUCAGCCUGAAGGAGCAGCUGAACAGCUAUCAGGCUCAUCUGGAGGCCAGCACGCUGGAGAUGGCUACUGUCAGAGAGUUACUUGAGAAAGAACAGUCACAGCAGCUCGAGCAGGCCGGUGUAGAGGAGCAGCUCAAUACGCUGGUGGAUGAAACUCAACCUUCUGCUGAGACUGUGGAGCAGACACAGGAAGAAACGGCUCCCGCUGCUGAAGCAGAGGCACCUGCAGCAACUGAAGAAGAGGUACUUGAUGCAGCUGUAGAAGAAGAGGCAAGUGAAGUGGAGGCAGCUGCAGAAGAUGAAGCUCCUGUUGAGCAGGAGGACUCUGCACCAGAAGAAAUUGCUCCUGCAGAGGAUGCAGGGGCAGUAAAAGAAGAUGAGACCGAGCAACAUGAGUCACAGACAGAAGAAGAGGGACAAAUUGUAGAAGAAGAGAUACCUCAUGAGGAGAAGCAGACAGCCGAUGAAGAGGAGGCACCUGAAGAAGAGGAAGAAGAAGAAGGAGGAGUUGAGGAGGAGUCACCGGAGGAGGAGAAACUUAAUGUAGAGGAAGAGGUAUCGGAAGGGCAGGAAGAACAGCAGGAUGUAGCAGCUGAAGACGAGAGCUAUUUUGAAGAGGAGACAGAGCCAUCUGAGUGGGAAGACGAAGAUAGAGAGGAGCUUUAAGAAGAUGAUGAAGAAAGCUGGAUAAUGCAUGUCACCAGAAAGGGAUUUUUUUUCCACACCUGACAAACCCGCCAAGGAGAAGGGGAACGUUCUCAGGCUAAAGUCACUGUCUACAAAUUGACAAAUACAAAGACAUUAUUGAUAGCUGUUGUUUGGGUGCAGUAUUAGUAAUGUGGUUACUCUUUGAAAGGCAGAUAUAUUCAGAAGAAUUCACUCACUAUGCUGGAGCUUAGGCUGAGUUAAAACCUGUACCUCAAAAUAUAAAAUGGCUGUGAAGUUAGGAAAUGAGUAUUUCAGGGUUUACCUAUCAAUAACAACCUCAGAAGCCUUAAUCCAGAAAAAUGACUUGUCUUUCUAUAGAGCAUUUUCCACUUUUAAGAAGUCAACUUUUUUGUCAACGUUAGAUUCUGUACUAAACUGGAAAACUAAAAGCCAAUGACAUAACCUGUUUUAUUAAUGCACUUGAAGCCAUAAGUGAUGCCUAUUUUGGUGACAUUAAAGUUUGUUUCAUA